AGCACAACAGAUAUCACACCUGUAUCUAGCACAACAGAUAUCACACCUGUAUCUAGCACAACAAAUAUCACACCUGUAUCUAGCACAACAAAUAUCACACCUGUAUCUAGCACAACAGAUAUCACACCUGUAUCUAGCACAACAAAUAUCACACCUGUAUCUAGCACAACAAAUAUCACACCUGUAUCUAGCACAACAGAUAUCACACCUGGUUCUAUUGAUAAUAUGACUUCGUGUGCUUGUCCUCAAGGCGAAAGUAGUAUAACAUUCUCAGAAACGUUUGAUGAGGAAACGUUAUAUAUUACUGAAACAAAUGAGACAAUUUCAAUGACGAUUGAUAUUCGUGUACACAUGGUUGCUAGAAUGGAUGAACAAAGACGUAAUUCACGGUUGUUUGAAAUAUCAAGCUCGUGUAAAGGAACAUGCCCAUUUAAGCCAGGUCAAAGGACGUGUAAGCAGUGUUGCAAAGAAAACGGAUUAUUAACAGGAUUCUGCGUUAAACGAUGGUGCGUGUGCUUCUUGGGAUAGGUCAGCACAAAAAUUAAUAAAAAUUGGUAUACCCAUAGAGAAUUGAAUAAGCGACAACGUGGGAAAAAAGGACAACAAUCGCAAAAGAUAUAACUGUGUUAACAUUAUACAUAAAUAUAUAGUUUAUACUUAAAUGACCUAAUUAAAAAAACAAGAGGCUCUCACCUGCCUAAAUCUUUCAUCUAUGAUUAUUUUUGCUUUUCAAUAUAUAUUAAUGAGUGGCUUAAAAUGCCAUUUAAAUGUUCUUUGUAUCUGUCAUUUUUUCUUCAAAAGCAAAAAAUGCAUUUUACCCCUUUGUUCCAUUUUAGCCAUAGUGGCUAUGUUUCUUGACGUACAAGGAAAUACAAUACAAAAUUGAUACUAGAUACUCUGAAACUCAUUCAGCCUAAGUUUGACUGAAAUUGAUUCAGCAGUUUCAAAGGAGAAGAUUUUUUAAAGUUAGCAAACUAGAUCAACAAAUUUUGAAAAGUUAUCUUUAAAGGGCAAUAACUUCU